AUGCGGGGCAACGGUGGGCACUUACCUCUGUGCAUGGGACCAUGUCCAGCCCGGUUUUGCUGCAGAGACGUGGAGCGAUAUAGAGGUGCAGCAACAGUCACUUGUCCCGGAGCUCGGACGGACGACGACGCACCGGGACACCUGCCUCCCGAGAAACGGAGCCACAGAGUGAGACGUGACUGUCGGGAUGAGCCGGAGACUGGAGUGCGAUGCGGAAGCCUUUGUUUUCUUCUGAAUGAGGAGACGACAGAGGAGGAGGACGGGAACAGAGAGGAGGUUUACCCGGGAGGAGGGACCGCUCGGAGACUGACCUCCACGUCGCCGGAUGGGUAA